AACAACGGCAUCACUAAUAAAAACUAUGAAAAAUUGUACGGCAACAUUAAGGUUUGAUACCAUCAGACAGAAUUUUUGACAUUUAGAAAGCGUGAUGUUUUCUUCAUGGUAUGUCUUUGAAUAGAAUUAGUACCAAAUUACAUAAAUUUGAUUGUAACUUAAUCAAAUCUUGACAUACAAUACAAUUUAAAUCUGUAGUUGUUCGAAAAUUAUUAACUAUGUACAAAUUAUUAGCAGCAUCCCGAGGUAAUUACCACCGGUUUGUUCAAAGUUGUAGCUCCUGGCAAGGACUACAGAAUCAGCGUUGUUAUUCUCAACCGAGCCGAAGACCUGGAUUUUUUUCUCAAUUCAUUGACAAUAUUAGAUCUGAAAUGGAUAAAAAUAAGGAAAUGAAGGAGAAUAUUAAAAAGUUUCGAGAAGAAGCUCAGAAAUUGGAGCAGUCAGAAGCUCUUCAGUCGGCUAGGCAGAAAUUUAAUAUAGUUGAAUCCGAAGCACACAAGUCUUCAAAUAUUUUGAAAGAACAAUUGGGAAGUAUAAAAGAUAAAGUUAGUGAUGCAUUAGAUGAAGCAAGUAAAUCCGACAUUGCAAAGAAAGCUACUAAAUUAUCGGAAGAAAUUUCAAAGACGGCUAAAGGUGUAACUGAAACUAUAACGGAGAAAAGCGAAAAAAUUGGGCAGACAUCUGCUUUCCAGGCUAUAUCAACGACUACAGAAAUGAUAAAACAAGAAAUAGGGUCACAAAGCAUAAAUUCAAGGGUUUAUCGAUCUCCUCAAAAACUGCGAAAACGCAUUGAAGUCGAAUAUGCGAGCGAUGAACGAGUGGUUGAGCCUAAUGCAGAUGCAACAGGGGUCGAGCUUCACAAGGACUCCAAAUUCUAUCAAUCGUGGGAAAAUUUUAAAAAUAACAAUGCGUAUGUGAAUAAAGUACUUGACUGGAAGCUGAAAUACGACGAGUCGGAGAAUCCUAUGAUACGCGCAUCUCGUCUUUUGACAGAUAAAGUUUCAGAUGUUAUGGGAGGGCUUUUCUCUAAAACAGAGUUAUCUGAAACACUUACUGAGCUAUGCAAAAUUGAUCCGAACUUCGAUCAAAAACAGUUUCUUCGUGACUGCGAGACUGAUAUAAUACCGAACAUCCUAGAAGCGAUGGUGAAAGGAAAUUUAGAAAUCCUUAAAGAUUGGUGUUUUGAAAGCACCUAUAAUAUAAUUGCAACACCUAUAAACCAAGCUAUUAAAUCGGGAAUGUAUUUGGAUUCGAAGAUCCUUGAUAUCGAAAAUAUAGACUUGGCGAUGGGUAAAGUAAUGGAGCAGGGUCCCGUACUCAUAGUUACCUUUCAAGCCCAGCAAAUUAUGUGUGUUCGUGAUAAGAACAACGACGUAGUGGAAGGUGAUCCUGAUAAAGUUAUGCGAGUAAAUUACGUAUGGGUUCUUUGUCGAGAUCCCAACGAGUUAAAUCCAAAAGCAGCUUGGCGACUUAUGGAAAUUUCGGCAAAUAGUCAAGAACAAUUUGUGUAAUAGAGAAUUUAUUGUUAAAUAGCUAUUAAUUAGUUACCGUUAAAUAUUUCUGAUACAUAUUUAUAUUUAAGGAGGAACAUAAUGGUUGAGCUAAUUAAGUGCUUCUUGUAAAUAUUAUAUGAAGCGCAUUUCUAUUCUCAUUUGCAGAAAGUUUUCUAUGAGUUUUUAAUCAAGACUUACUAUCUUGAGGAAAAGUUAAAGAUAACAUUUUGCGAAUGAAAAUAUUGAUCAUAAUGUAUGUAUGUUGUUGCAAUAAUAGGUGCGUCUGGCAUUAACAAUUAACAGUAAUUGUUGAACUCGCCAGAAAAAUAAAACUUUGUACAUAUUAAAUAUUUAAAAAGAUUAAAGAAAAGCUAAAACAAUAA